AUGGACAAGCUGCGUCGAGUGCUCAGCGGGCAAGAGGAAAAUGAGGAGCUGGGUCUCACUACGGUCCUGGAUUCCAGCACACUCAGCUACAGCACCAGGAUCAAAUGGUUCAUCAUAUGUUUUGCUGGAGGCAUCUUGUGUUCAAUUCUGGGCUCAGCUCUCCUGUUCCUUCCAGGUGGAAUUAAGCUCUUUGCAGUUUUUUACACAUUAGGGAACGUCAUGGCUCUCUCCAGCACAUGUUUUCUAAUGGGACCUCUGAAACAACUGAAGCGCAUGUUUGAGCCCACGAGGCUGAUAGCAACUAUUGUGAUGCUGCUUUGUCUGGCCUUAACACUUUGUGCAGUGUUUUGGUGGCAUAAAAAAGGACUUGCUAUCAUCUUCUGUAUUCUGCAGUUUUUGGCAAUGACAUGGUAUAGCAUCUCAUACAUACCAUUUGCCAGGGACGCAGUGGUAAAGUGCUUCACUACAUGCAUGCAGAGUAGUCCUGCUUGGUUGCGCACUCGUGAACAUACUGAUUUAGACGUGACCUAA